UGUGCGUAUGCGGAACCUUAAAUCGCGAAGAAGUUCUAGGGGGACAGAUGACAGCAGUAGCAACUAACAAAGUAAAGAUGUCAGACGUACCAAAUGAUGCUCCUCAACACUGCCCUGGGACCAGCAGUGAGCAGGCUGGGAAGACUUCAGCAUGCCAGGGUUGUCCCAACCAGAACGUGUGUGCAACAGGAGCCUCCAAAGCUCCAGAUCCUGCUAUAGCGGAGAUAGCAGUGAAGAUGGCGACCGUGAAGCACAAGAUCCUGGUCCUGUCAGGGAAAGGAGGUGUGGGGAAGAGUACCUUCAGCGCACACCUGGCCCACGCUCUAGCCAGUGACGGCACUAAGGAGGUGGCUCUUCUGGAUGUGGACAUCUGUGGUCCAUCCAUCCCCAGGAUCAUGGGGCUGGAGGGGGAACAGGUCCAUCAGAGUGGCUCUGGCUGGUCUCCUGUGUAUGUAGAGGAUAACCUCGCUGUCAUGUCCAUUGGCUUCCUGCUGAGCAGUCCUGAUGAUGCUGUGAUCUGGAGAGGCCCCAAGAAGAAUGGCAUGAUCAAGCAGUUCCUGCGGGAUGUUGAUUGGGGGGAGCUGGACUACCUCAUUGUGGACACGCCCCCCGGCACGUCCGAUGAACACCUCUCCAUCGUCCAGUACCUCAGCUCCGCCCACAUCGACGGAGCCGUCAUCAUCACAACCCCACAGGAAGUAUCUCUACAGGACGUGAGGAAGGAGAUCCGUUUUUGCCAGAAAGUGAAGCUGCCUAUCAUCGGAGUGGUGGAGAACAUGAGUGGAUUUGUCUGUCCAAAAUGCAAAAACACGUCGCAGAUCUUUCCCCCUACCACCGGGGGCGCUGAGCAGAUGUGCGAGGAGCUGAAUCUGCCCCUGCUGGGCCGCGUGCCUCUGGACCCCAGGAUUGGCAGGAGCUGUGACGAGGGCAAGUCCUUCCUCUCUGAGGUACCUGACUCACCUGCUGCUGCUGCCUACCACAGCAUAGUACAAAGUAUCAAGGAUUACUGCUCCAACCGUGCGACAGAGGAGGAGAGUGCUGGCUAGAAGCCAGUCUGGAGGCAGCCAUGUUGGUCAAGUAGGGACAGAUCCUAUGACUGGGGCUUCUGAUGGUGAUUCCAAGACAUGGCAUCUAAAGACCACAACAGAUUCACUAUUUAUAUAUAAACUUCAACUUAAACGUCAUUAUAUACACUGGACCACAUCAUGUAGACACAGUGCUCCGCUCAGUAUCUAGAGCCUACCAUCUCUGUUAUACACUUGCAGUAUUUGGAUCCAACCAUCUCUAUCUUAAACCCACCAUAUCUAGAUCCUUCUUCAGCUUGCAAGGUAACCGACUACAGACAAGGUUUCUCUCUGCGGCACAGUUUUGAUUUAGAUCCUUAAGGGUUUGUUGACAAAGGCUUUUGAUUGGUCAAUUCCAUUCAUUAUGUUCAACUGAUCAUUAAAACAGCAUAUCCCAUGUUUGAGAUUAAAUAUUUGUUAGAGAUGUGUCAAUCAAUUCCAACUGUAUAUAUUUUUCGAAAUUUGUUAUUUUAAUACUGUGCUGAUUUAUGAUGCAUUAAAUAAAUAAUAC